GUUUACGGCAGAUGUCCCUGGAAUUGGCCAAACUCCCCUCACCCUCACCCUCUCCCUGUCUCUGUCACUGUCUCUGUCCCUGACCCUGACCCAUUCACUGUCACUGUCUCCCCUCUCUCUCUCAAUCACACUCUCUCUCUAUCCCUCUCUCUCUCAUUCUCUCUAUCCCUCUACACUCUUCUUCCUCCUCUGAGUCUCUCUGUCCCUCUCUCUAUCUAUCUCUCUCUCUCAUUCACUCUCUCUCUAUCUCUCUUUCGUUCACUCUAUCUCCCUCUCAUUCACUCUCUCCCUCUCAUUCACUCUCUCUCUCUCGUUCACUCUCUCUCCCUCUCAUUCACUCUAUCUCCCUCUCUCGUUCACUCUAUCUCCCUCUCUCGUUCACUCUAUCUCCCUCUCUCGUUCACUCUAUCUCCCUCUCUCGUUCACUCUAUCUCUCUCUCUCGUUCACUCUGUCUCUCUCUCUCGUUCACUCUGUCUCCAUCUGUUGUUCGCUCUAUCUCUGUCUUGUUCACUCUAUCUCACUCUCUCGUUUGCUCUAUCUCUCCCUCUCGUUCGAUCUAUCUCUCUCUCGUUCGCUCUGUCUCUGGGUUUCUCGUUCACCGUAUCUCUCCCUCUCAUUUGCUCUUUCUCUGCCUCUCUUUCUCCUUCGCUCCCUCUCUUUCUCUCUCUCUCUCUCUCUCUCGUCCAUCCCGGUUUCGUGAUGACUGUUUGGAGCGCAGCACAAUUCCUGAGGCGCGCCAACGAGAAGCUGAAAUACGCCAGCCUCGCCGUCCUGGUGAUCCAGAACGCCUCCGUCAUCCUGUGCAUCCGCUACGUCCGCACGGUGCCCGGCAACAAGUUCUUCUCUACCUCCGCUGUGGUGAUGGUGGAGCUUUUCAAACUCGGCACGUGUCUGGUUCUGAUUCUGGGCCAGAAGCGAGGCAAUCUGAAAGAGUUUGCGAUCUACUUGUAUAAAGGGCUGAUUGUGGAAUACAUGGACGUACUGAAGAUGGCGGUGCCCUCUCUAAUCUACACGCUCCAGAACAAUCUUCAGUACAUCGCCAUCUCCAACCUGCCUGUCGCCACCUUCCAGGUCAUGUACCAAUUCAAGAUCCUGACCACGGCGGUUUUCUCGGUGCUGAUGCUGAAGAAGAGCCUGUCGCGGCUGCAGUGGGUCUCGCUGGUCAUCCUCUUCACUGGCAUCGCCAUCGUGCAGGUGACGCAGGAGGAAGGCCGGGGCGGCCGGGACAGGGCGCCCGGCCAGAACUACCUGGUCGGCCUGCUGGCCGUGCUGGUCUCCUGCGUCUCGUCUGGCUUCGCCGGCGUCUACUUUGAGAAGAUCCUGAAGGGCACCAGCGCCUCCAUCUGGCUGCGCAACGUCCAGCUGGGCAUCUUCGGCACCCUUCUGGGGUUGGCCGCCCUGUGGGGCAAGGACGGGCCGGCCAUCGCCGAAAAGGGCUUCUUCUUCGCCUACACGCCCAUGGUGUGGUCAGUGGUGCUCAACCAGGCGGUGGGCGGGCUCCUGGUCGCCAUGGUGGUGAAGUACGCCGACAACAUCCUCAAGGGCUUCGCCGCCUCCCUCUCCAUCGUCAUCUCCACCGUGGCGUCGGUCCACAUCUUCGGCUUCCACGUCGACCUGUUCUUUGCGCUGGGGGCCAGCCUGGUCAUCGGCGCCGUCUAUCUCUACAGCCUCCCCAAGCCCACGGCUCCGGACUCCUCACCGCCUCCUCCGCCCGCCUCCUCACUCAGCGCCGACCCCGACAGCUACCCCACAAAGGCUGUGGCGAAGGAGAAGGGGUCGUAAGACGGACGAAGACUGGAUGGGCAAUGGUUCUCGAAUCUCCACGCCGGUCCUGCCCGUGAGAUGCAAGCUUUGAUAUAUUUGCAGCGGGUACGGUCGGUUGGCAUCACGGUGAUCCCACUCGCUGAGUGGCUCCUGCCUCCUCCCUCACCCGCCCACCAGCCCCACCUGCCUGCCCAGUAUCAGGAGGUGGCGGCAUUAUCAGCACUAGUACGCUUUGUAGUUCAGUGUGCUACUAGACUUCACCCCCUCGAAUCACUGACUCAGACUAACGGUAGCCUUGUGCACUCUCUCACUCACUCCACUUCCCUCCUUCAUCUCAUGGUCUAGCUAGCUCUCUCUCUGACUCUCUCUCUCGCUCUCUCCGUCUCUGACCCCGCUCUCUCUCUCUCUCUCUCUCACAAUCUCUGUCCCCCUCUCUCUCUCUCAAAAUCUCUGUCCCUCUCUCUCUCAAAAUCUCUGUCCCUCUCUCUCUCAUUCUCUGCCUCCUCUGUCCCUCUCUCUAUCUCUGCCCCCUCUGUGUCUCUCUCUCUCUCUCUCUCUCUGCCCCCUCUGUCCGCCCCCCCCUCUCUGCCCCCUCUGUCCCUCUCUCUCUCUUUCUAUCUAUCUCUGCUCUC